AUGCGCUCGAUAGCCGUGAUAGCACUGGCGCUGGCCAGCAAAGCCCUCGCGCACGGCGACCACGGCGGAUCGCAGAAGCCUAUAGUCGGCGAGAAUGCGAAUUGGAUGACGAAGCACAUGGCCGAGGAACAUCACAUCUCGGACUUUGACGCCUCCUCCUUCUUUACUCUCCACGACUUCGACGGAGACGGCCGCUGGGAGCCCGAGGAGAUCCUGCGUACCUACGGCAUCUUCGACGAGUCCAAUGCCAAGAUCACAGCCGCCCGCCGCGACCAGAUCUCGCGCGAGAUCCUCGGCCUGAUCGACAAGAACGGCGACGGCUUCGUCGACCGCUCAGAGUUCGUCGAGUUCAUACAUUCCGGCCGCACCCUGCCCGACAUGGGCACCGGCCCCGGUCACCACGGCGACGACGAGUACGAGUACGAGAUCCACCACUGGGAGAAGUACCACGACGAGAACACCAAGCUGGAGGACCUGACCCACCCCGAGGACAUCGAGCACUUCCGGAAGCACGAGCUGCUGGAGGAGGCCGAGGAGCGCCUCGAGAAGCUGAACCGCAUGAGCAUCGUCGAGGAAAACAUCCCCACCAAGUUCAGGCGGGCUGGUCCGUAA